GACGACCUGCGCGCAUACGCGGAGAUGGCGGAGGAGCUCCGCCAGCUGCGCGACGCCGACGCCUCCGCGGGCGGGGUCGCGGGCGCGGGCCACGCCGGCCUCGCUGGCCUCGCCGGCGCGCCGGCGUGCCGCCGUGCUGCGCGGAAGGCGUGCAGGUACGCCUGCAUAGACGAGGAGGAGUGUGCCGUGCAGCUGCGCUGGCACGAGCAGGGGCCCGGGGGGGACCCCUUCGUGCACGGCUCUGGCAGCUUCCACCCCGCCCGCCCCUCCCAGGGCCGCGACUGCGCGGUCAGCCUCUCCUUCGGCGACGCCCAGGAGCUCGCCUUCUGCCGCUCAGGCUCGGACGAGACCGUCUUCCUGGACCGCCCGAACGGCAGCCUCGGCCUCGUGGGCAGGGACGCGUGGCUGCGCUGGAGGGCCGGCCCGCGGCUGUGCCCGCCGCAGCGCGGCGCGCACGGCCACCUGUCGAUCACGGUCCUCGGACACUCCGCGCUGGCGGCGGAGGAGGGGGCGCUGGCGCCGGCGCCGAGCGACCGGAGGCUCGGGAGCAGGGCCCAGGGCGGCUGCCUCGAGGAGCCGUGGCGCGGCUCGGCCCGCCCCUCGCUGCGCGUCCUCGCGGUGCCCGCGGGACCGCAGUACGGGCGGCCCGUGCGGCACGACGACGUCAUCAUCGUGCCGGAGUUCUUCUGCCCGGAGGACGGCUGGGGCAAGGGUGCACGUCGGCUCCUCCGCGAGAUGCGCGAGAGCCAGGCGGCCGGGGCCCGCAGGGCCGAGUGGCUUCCGUGGCACGAGGGCGCGCACCUGCUGAGCCAGAACCCGGCCGUCUCGGCCACGUACCAGCGCGUGCUGGACCGCAUGUGCGAGUAUUUCCACAUACCCCCGGGAAGCGUGGCACCCGCUUCAAUUGGUACCGCGAUGGCUCAGACUGGAAGCCUUUCCACCACGACUCGGCGGCGUUCAACGCCUCCCGCGCCAGGGACCAGAACUGCACAGUGGGCCUCUCCUUCGGGGCCUCCCGCGAGCUCGCUUUCAGGCACGCGAGGACCGGGGAGCUGGUGUACUUCCCGCAGAAGAACGGCAUGCUGUUCUUCUUCGGCCAGGACGCCAACAUCGUCUGGCAGCACGGCAUCAACGCCCUGCCGCGGGACGAGCAGGACGGCAAAGGCCGCAUCUCCAUCAUCCUGUGGGGUCGGUGCACGGCGGCGCUGGACGAGCCAGGGUCGCCACCGAUGCUGACCGACGAGGCGCGCGAGGGCACGGGCAAGGGCCGGGGCAAGGACCAGGGCGCCUUCGACAUGCACGCCCGGGGGCCCUGGCCCUGCAGUCACAGUGAGCCCCAGGCGCUCGCGGACGCUGGCGGGCGGCCCCUCCGCUGGAGCGGCGGCCGAGCCGACAAC